UUCAUUUCCAUUGGUUAAUUGAUUAACACAUUUGUUUACGGCGUCUUUGACAAACUCACAUUUUAAACGAUUACCAUUUUGAAAGAAGUAGACACCGAAGAACAUUUUGAACAAUGGGUCGCACAAAAGGAGCCAAAAGACCAAAGGAUGAAAACAAACCUAAAAGAUCAGUGUCUGCAUAUUUUUAUUACCUUGCCCAAUGCAGAGAAGACGCAAAAGCAAGUGGUAAAGCAAUGUCCAAGGUAGGUGAAUUUACCAAAGAAGCUUCAGUUAAAUGGGGUGUUAUGACAGAUUCACAGAAAAAGAAGUUCAAUGAUUUAGCAGCUAAAGAUAAAGCCAGAUAUAAUGAAGAAAUGCAAGCCUACACAGGAAAACCAAUGAAAGAUGAAAACAAACCCAAAAGACCACAGUCUGCAUACUUCUUGUUUUUGGCUGAUUACAGAAAGAAAAUGAAAGGUUCAGAUAUUAGCAAUAAAGAUCUGAUUUGUAGUGCUGGUAAAGUUUGGGGUGACAUGUCAAGUAAAGAAAAGAAACCUUAUCAAGAUAAAAAUGCAGAAGAAGUAAAAAAAUAUGAAAAAGAGAUAAAAGAGUACAAGGAGAAUGGUGGAGCAUCAGCAGCAAAGAAAGCCAAAGUAGUAGAGGAACCUAAUGGUGUGUCAGAGGAGGAGGAGGAUGAAGAAGAGGAGGAUGAGGAAGAGGAUGAAGAAGAGGAAGAGGAAGAUGAUGAAUGAAGAGAUAUAUUUUAUUAUGGUGGCCAGUCCUAAACACCUGAUGUGCAAAAUUCCAGUCCAAAAACAUCUUUUAUUAAUUGAAAACUAAACAGUUAUUUAAAAGCGAACAUUGUUUUUUUUUGUAAUUCAGUUAUAUUGUAACAGAAAGAGUUGUCAUCAAAUAUUUGUGGAUAUUAAGUUAUUUUUCGUUAUAAAUUAGUAUAUAUGCUGACUUGGGGGAAAAAGAGCAGUUAAUGAAGACUUAUCCAAGUCUUUGUAUAAAAAUGGAAGUAUUAGAAUGAAGUAGAGUGUUAACUUCUUCCUAUCAACAAAUUUUACAACUUCAUGUAGUAAUCUUUUCUUGCUAUUUUCAGUUAUAAUAUAUUACGAAAUACAUGACAAUUUUUUUCAUAGUUUUAUGUUCUACACAUAUCAACUCAGGGGACAUUUGCUUCAAUGUUGAUUACGUGUCCACUUAAUGUUUUCAUUAUUAUUCAUUAUCUCAAUCAGGAAAAGAAAUUUAAUAGGUUUCAACAAUAACAUAUUUGAUUUAAUAUGUUUCCUGGUUGAAUUAUUCAUUGACAUUUUCAUGUAGUAAUGUAUAUAAUCACUCAUUUUCAUGAAAUUACAUCUAAUGGCAUAGUAGUUUUAUGAUUUAUGUUAGCAUAAAAUCAAAAGAAUGGACACUCCCAUCUGGUGCUCUAUGGUUGUAUUUAUAUAUGUCUUAUUUUAACUAGAUUUUUACAACAUCAGUCCAUUUUAUCAUGUAGUUUUUACCAUCAUUGCUUGUAUAUGUCAUAUAGAAUUAAAGAAAAUAUUGGUAA